AGGACAUGUCGAUGCUCAAUGGCAAAGCAUGCACGGAGGAUGGUUCAGAGCCUUGUCCUUGAUCAUGGUGACCACGUUGGUUGCCGGCCUCGACUAAUGUGAUGCAUUAUGCGACCGUUAUGGAAUUAACUGCUACAAACGACGAAAAGAGGAUUCGUACCUGGGGGUGUUUCAUGGGAAGCGUAGUUGAUAAUGUUGGGCGGAAUCCCAGCGACGUCCACAGCAGUUUGAUAAGGCUUGUUCCCCCUUCUCUCACACUGAGGCAGUUAAAUAAGUUAGUGCGUGAAGAUUUUUGCCAGCGUACAGGAAUCCCGGAUUUGACACAUUGUGAACAUUUCGCAUCCUUCGUGCUCCAAUCUCUGUCACAACGGCGUUUCCUAUACCAAGUUUCAACAUCAGGAGUUAGGACCUUCCCUCAGUUCAGCAUUAUUACCUAUUAUUUGUUUGACAUUCAUGGCAUGACUUGUUGUUUUUCCGACGUUGGGCGCCUGGGUGCCUGUCUUCUGCCAGUGCCAAGGGAGCUCGCGAUUCUGGAUGCCUGUCCUGCACCAUUCCAGAUGGGUAAGAGUUCAUUGGCACGAUGGGAUGGGAAGAGCGAUCUGGGGGGGCCGGGCGAAUACUUGGGUAUUUAUCCCUCUGGCGGAAGGUGGAAACACUGCGGAAGCACCUGGCGCCGUAUGCGGUCGGAUUAAAUGCAUAUGGCUAGAUCAUGUAGAUGAGACGCAAACUGGUUCGAUCUUCCGAAUCGCUUGGCAUACAUAUUCAUUUUCACACCACGCGGCAGGCCCUUCAAUGAGGAUUUAUUUUUUCCUUCUCGAAUAUCCCUAGCUCCUUGGUCUUACAGCCUUUUGCCACCUGCCGAAUUGGAAUCUUUUCACCUGUUGAUUCCUCUCGCUGAAAACAACGGUGUUUUUUUCAACGUUUGUACUGUGUCGCAUAUUCUGUUUGGCGACUUACCAAGUUCCCAGCCCCUUUCCCCGUGUGUGUCCAUCUUGGCAUCCGAUUUCCAUAUCACGUAUGACAGAUAUCCCGCGG